AUGAGUCUGCUUGACAAUGUCCCAGACUCAGGGCAGCAGGAUCCAGAUGAUGAUGAGAAGGAUGAGAAUGUUGAUUUUGACGCAGAUGACGAUCGCGAUAUCCCAGCAGAUCUUCUUACGACAAUGAAAUACCCUGGACAUUCACGUCCAAUCACCAAUUACUUUGGAAUUGCCAAGAUCCUCCAGCACAGGGAAGUGGGGACAGUCCCUGUGCCACUGUGUUCGUUCGUUGUUGAACACACAGCAUUUCACCUCACCUACAACCCUUCUAUUAGAAAUAUAUCUGUUGACGAUGCUGCCAUUAAGUUUGGUCUUCCUGACUUACGACCAGCUAUUGCCGACUUUCUUCACUGUGAGGCUACUCAUGGGAGGGAUCACAUACAUACUAGUGGGGGGGCUAGAAGAGCUGGACCUACUGCUUCACUUCCCUUCAACAAACUUCAAGUCUGGUUUAAACUUCGGGUGCAGGACACCAAUUUCCACGAUGCUAGCAUCAUACGGCCUGCGCAGACCCUCAAUUGUGCACCUUCUUCUGAUCCCUGUACACAUGGCCGGUAUGACACAGUCAUCAUUAACAAUGAGGCAAGACCAUGCACAAAGGGUAGGACUGAUUCCAAGGGGCUUGGCUUCAGCUCGUGCGCUGUGCCCCUUACCCGAGUAUGUGCCCUUAACUUCAGAAUGAAGUCUGGAGAAAGUCCAGUGAAGUCCGGAGGACUUCUGGAGGAGCAUGGGAAACUUUGGAAGGACUUUCCGGAUGAGUGCGAAAACUUCCAGAUGAGUGCGGGAAAGUUCCGGAGGAACUUCCGGAAACUUGGAGGAAUGGUGGAGCAGAGGAGCAGAGGAGCAGAGGAGCAGAGGAGCAGAGGAGCAGAGGAGCAGAGGAGCAGAGGAGCAGAGGAGUGGAGCUCCAGCCUAGGGAAUGCCUCCCUAGGCCUGAGAUGGAUAUUGACUAAGCUGGAGGACUAG